AUUUCAAUAAAUGGAGACAUUGAAAAUCAAAAGAGAAUUAAAAGUAUCGGUAAAAAUUGAAGCACGAAACGAUGCUUUAACCGCGUCGAAACGACCAAGGCCUUCUCCGACGUCCGUGCUCAGUAGCUAAAAUCGGACAUACUUACCAGUCCGAGCCAUUCCACGACUUACCGUCAAAGAAGAAGCAUUGAUCUCAUCUGACCUCCAAUUCUCAAUCUACAAUGAGUGACGCAGUAGCAGAGACCGCCCCGGCUGCGCCAGCCACACCAUCGCCGAAGAAGACCGCAGCGGCAAAGAAAACUGGAGCUGCCAAGAAGCCAGCGAAGCCCCGCACUCACCCUCCGGCGGGUGAGAUGGUCUUGGCUGCCAUCACCGCUCUGAAGGACAAGAAGGGAUCGUCCCUCCAGGCGAUCAAGAAAUACAUCGCUGCCUCCUACAAAGUCGACGUAGAAAAGCAGUCGACCUUCAUCAAGAAAUUCCUGAAAUCCGCGGUCGAGAAGAAGACCAUCGUUCAGACCAAGGGCUCCGGAGCUGCUGGUUCAUUCAAGCUCGCUGCCAAGGCCGAGGGCGAGAAGAAGAUCGCCAAGAAACCGGCAGCUAAGAAGCCUGCUGCGAAGAAACCAGCUGUCGAGAAGAAGGUCGCGACCAAGAAACCCGCUGCCAAAAAAGCUGCUGCAGCUAAAAAACCAGCUGCUGCCGCUAAGAAGCCGAAAGCCGCGGCUAAACCUAAAGCAGCCAAAGCUACGAAGCCCAAGUCACCAGCAAAGGCGAAAAAAGCAGCAGGAAAAGCACCAGCUGCGAAGCCCAAGGCACCAAAGCCUAAAAAAGCGGCCGCUCCCAAAGCUGCAAAGCCUAAGGCCGCAGCAAAAAAGUAAAUUAAA